UGUGGAGCUGGAGGCGUUUUUCACAGGCACUUCUUACAGAGCAGAAGUCUCUUCUUCUGGCUGCUCACCUGUUGUGAUUCAACACUUCCCAUCACUCCUGGUAGAGCUGAUGGCUGCACGUUGCUGUGUGUGCAGGCAGCUGCGCAGCACUCUGACGUUCUUGAGCUGGUGGGAAAGGUUCGUUGUGCAGUGUGUGGAACUGUGCUGUCUCGUGGGCAGAAUCCAUGCUGGUUUACUCUGGCCGGAUUGUUUUUAAUAGUUCAAUUUGGCACCUCCUUAAGUAGAUGUUCCAGGGCUAAAGCAGUGGAAACGUACAAAGGAUGGGACAGAAAAGGUGAUUGUGUGUGUGUGAAGCACCUUUUUUCUGUAGAAAAGUAGGUCGGUAUUUUAUGCCCUCGUUUUCAGAGCCGUUACUUGUUGACUGGCUCUCAUUUAUUGCUCUGAGCGGUGAUUUAGCAGGGUCUAUAUAUAGACAUCUCCAGAACAGAUAGGCGAGAGCGCUUCCCUUGGAUUCAGAAUCAAUUCAUAACAGUCAGUGACCUCCUGUUGCCUGCAAUUGGCCGUCCUGCUUUACAGUUUUGUAGAGAGCAGAUAGCAGAUAAAUACAUUGCCUUCAGGUCAAAGUCUUCACGUGGUGUGGAAAAGAAAUGUCAUCACAAAGCCGUGCUCCUGCAAGCCAGUAGAGCCUCUGAGCUCUCGGCGGAUUUCAUGUGAGCUGGCUGUGAUGUGCCCUCUGUCCUCUUCCCAGCUCAGGCUGCCUCUGUGCUCUUGAAGUAGAGAAGACCUGUGUCGUGUGGGUGUAGGUGUGAUGUUGAAAGGGAAGGGUAGCCGUUGUGUGUGCUUGCUGUAGCAGGAAGAAGUUCUCAUAGGAAUAUGGAGAUAGCCGGCCUCCGCAUGUGUGUCAAGGCAAACUUUUUAUGGUAAUAAAUAGGCGUGAGGUUGGGGGGAUGUUGUGUCAUUCUGGGCUCCUGGAGAAGCAGCAGACGUUUUAGGAAGUCCCAGUGCUUGGAUUGAUACUUUGACAGAGUAGCUGGUGUCCUGUUACUGGCAGGUCUUCCAAGGUCAAGUGACUUGAACCUUAUCUUUCAGUUGCUACUGGGAGGAAGAAAUGUGCAAACUCUCCUGCCUCCACAAAGAGAUCUGUUUCGAAAAGCUCCUUCCUGGUGCAGCAAACAGCAGCGUGUUAUUUUGUAUGAGUAAAGGGCAGCUACUGUGCUGAAUGUAAUGGGGCAGAACAUCAGCAGGUGGGAGGCAGAGCAGCUGGUGUGUUGGGGUCUCUCUGAAACCAAGACUCAAACUUCAUGGGGAAUAUAAUUUUUGUUGUCAAAUGCAUGAGUUUUAGGUUUGGCUUCAUGGUGGCUGUGCUUUCUGCAUGAGGGCUUUCAGAGAAGAUCUGUGCUUUCUUUCUAGGGAUGCAUAAUCAGAAAUGCAUUUGGGCUUUAUAUGUCCAUUCUAGGAAAUGAUGGGCAGCAUUCUGUAGCACUGCUACAGCAUGGUGCAUAAAAGCACUCGGGAAGCUUUGUGCUCCCAAAACUUGUAGGAAAGCUCUUGUGGGCACACUGCUGGUGUGUUAGAAAUGGUGGAAGGCAGUGAAGCUGAUAGGAUGGUUUGUAUUUCCUGGAUACCUUCUGUAGAAGUGGGAGUGCUUUGUAAAUCUGAAGGUUUGGCACAUCUUAACCUUUGUGUGGGAAAUGGGAUUCUCUCCUUACUGACCAGAACUGUAAAUUAGAAGCAGAACUGUUUACAAGGCGGGCAGCAGCCAGAAGUUUGCUGUUCUUUGGGACCAGCAGGGGAUCACUGUGUUCACAUCCUGAACAUCCGAGUUUCCAGAACUCUGCGUCUAAACUGGCUCAGGGCUUGCAUUUUUCUUGGUUUUCCUCAGUUAAUGGGGUGAUGCUGUGCCCUGGGUUACUUUUUGGACACGUGUUGUCUGAUAGUCUGCAGAGAGGUUGUUUUUAGUGAAAAUGAGCUCUGCUGCCUUCAGCUGAAGCUCUGUGGCACAGCAGUCGGUGGAUGCUCAGUGCUGGGUCCGUGCUGUUCUGAUGGGCAGCUCAGGGAAUGCUUCAAAGUUCUGGCGAGUUCAGACUUGGCCAUGGUUGUUAAUAUUUUUAACUGUAAGUGGAAAGAAAACAAACUCAUUUUAUUUGGAAGAAAAGCUUUUAAAUAUGUUCCUCAUGCAGUCUCGUGUUUCAGGGUUUCAUAACGUUGACAGUUAAGACAACUCAGAUAAUGAUGGAGAGAAACUUCAACGUGGCCAUAGAGAUAAGCUGCUCUGGGAGUACAGAGAACACCACGUGUUUCUCAAGCCAAGAAGGAACCUGAGGCUGGGAUGAGAUAAGUGUCUCUAAACAGAGAGCUGUAGGAGGGUGUGGAUAAACUUGUCCCUCCUCCUCCUUAAAGGAGAGACGGCGGCAUGAAAGACGUGCAGUGCAAAGCAGGGGUGCAGUUGGAAGGAAGGAGUGGUUUUGUACGUGAUCUUCACUGCUGGCAGCGUUUUGUUACACUUCAGUGAUGAAGGGACUGAAGGAAUGGACAUCAAGUAUGCUGAUUAACCUUGCCAGCUCUAAGUGGCUAAAUUUGCACUGUUUUUGUUGUCAGGUCUUUAUUACCUAGUGACACAAGCGAGAGCACAGAGGUCUGCAGAGCAGCUGAUAAAACUCCUUGUGCUGAGCUUCUGUGAGUGACUCCUGGUGCGUGGUAUGUCUGUGCUGCUCAGCCACACGGCCAUCUCCAGCACUGUGUUAGCUCUGUGUCAGGGAGCCUAGCCUGCAGGCACUUGAAGAAGAAUGGAGAAAGCCUGGAAGAGACUCAGUGUGUGAGCAGUGUUGGGUUUGAGUUGCAGUCCAGCCUGCUGGGAGGAUGACAGGAACCAGUGGGAGAGAAACAGAUACAGGAGCUGAAAUGGCUGAAGCUGAACGUGCUCUAGACACCAUGAACUUCGAUGUGAUCAAAGGGAAGCCCAUUCGCAUCAUGUGGUCUCAGAGGGACCCCUCGUUGAGGAAGUCGGGGGUUGGGAACGUCUUCAUUAAGAACCUGGACAAAUCCAUUGAUAACAAGGCACUUUAUGACACGUUCUCAGCGUUUGGGAAUAUUUUGUCCUGCAAGGUGGUGUGUGAUGAGAAUGGCUCUAAGGGCUACGCAUUUGUGCACUUUGAGACCCAGGAUGCUGCAGAUAGAGCCAUCGAGAAGAUGAACGGCAUGCUGCUAAACGACCGCAAAGUAUUUGUUGGGAGAUUCAAGUCUCGUAAGGAGCGGGAGGCUGAGCUGGGAGCCAAGGCAAAGGAAUUCACCAACGUUUAUAUUAAGAACUUUGGGGAUGACAUGGAUGAUGAAAGACUAAAGGAACUCUUCAGUAAAUAUGGUAAGACUCUGAGUGUUAAAGUGAUGACAGACCCCACUGGAAAAUCCAAAGGCUUUGGCUUUGUAAGCUUUGAAAAGCAUGAAGAUGCUAACAAGGCAGUGGAAGAAAUGAAUGGGAAGGAUAUCAAUGGGAAAAUGGUGUUUGUAGGCCGAGCACAGAAGAAGGUGGAGCGCCAGGCAGAGCUGAAAAGGAGAUUUGAACAGCUAAAACAAGAGAGGAUCAGCCGGUACCAGGGAGUUAACCUAUACAUUAAAAACCUAGAUGACACUAUAGAUGAUGAAAAACUGAGGAAGGAAUUCUCACCUUUUGGGUCAAUAACAAGUGCAAAGGUGAUGCUGGAAGAUGGACGGAGCAAAGGAUUUGGCUUUGUCUGCUUUUCCUCUCCAGAGGAAGCUACGAAAGCUGUGACAGAGAUGAAUGGUCGAAUAGUGGGCUCAAAGCCACUCUAUGUUGCACUUGCACAAAGGAAAGAAGAGCGGAAGGCUCAUCUAACUAAUCAGUACAUGCAGCGCAUUGCUGGCAUGAGAGCCUUGCCAGCCAACACAAUCAUUAAUCAGUUCCAGCCUGCUGCUGGCGGUUAUUUCAUGCCUGCUGUGCCCCAGGCUCAGAGCAGACCCACUUACUAUGCACCCAAUCAGAUGGCACAGAUGAGACCCAACCCGCGCUGGCAGCAAGGAGGAAGACCUCAAGGCUUCCAGGGAAUGCCAAGCGCCAUGCGCCAGUCUGGGCCACGGCCAGCCCUGCGCCACCUGGCCCCUGCUGGCACUGCUCCUGUCUCUCGUGGCCUCCCUGUUUCUGCCCAGCGAGUCGGUGUUACCACUGCAGGACAGAACUUGGCUCCUCGUCCACCUGUAGCUGCUCCUGCUCCCAGAGCAGUUCCCCCUUAUAAAUAUGCCUCAAGUGUCCGCAGCCCACAUCCACCUGUACAACCUUUGCAGGCGCCUCAGCCUGCAGUACACGUGCAGGGACAGGAACCACUAACAGCCUCCAUGCUGGCUGCUGCCCCUCCCCAGGAGCAGAAACAGAUGCUGGGAGAACGUUUGUUCCCUCUUAUUCAAGCUAUGCAUCCCAGCCUCGCAGGGAAGAUCACAGGAAUGUUGCUGGAGAUUGACAACUCGGAGCUGUUGCACAUGCUGGAGUCUCCAGAGUCCCUCCGGUCAAAGGUGGAGGAGGCUGUCGCAGUGUUGCAGGCUCACCAAGCCAAGAAAGAAGCUGCCCAGAAGGUGGGUGUGGUUGCUGCUACCUCUUAAGCCAGGAAGACUGGUGAGUGUCUCAGUCCUCGGCUUUGAUUAAAAGCUUCCAGGAUUGGUAAAUAAAGCAAGGCAGUCACUGAGUGUUCUUGGUCUGGGAGGCUUAUGUUGGUUUGGGAGCGGCGCUUGUCUGAUUUUAGCCAGUUCUUCAAAAAUCUGUUUAAUUAAGCAUUGGAAAGAUGAUGCGUGAAUUGCUGAAGUGUUUCUGUUGGGAAGUCAUGGAAGUACAGCAGAUUGAGAUGAGUCUUGUGCCAGUGCUGAUCUAGGAGAUAAAAUGACGUGCAAGAUGUUCUGGUGACUUCAGGGUGAAGUGCUGUGCUGGUGCCAUUGCUUGUCCUGCAGUCAUCUGCCUGCAGCGUGCAUCAGAGGCUGCUGCCAGCAGAGCCAUUCCUGGUGCAGCUCUGCCCAAACAAAUGCUGUCUCCUGUGUCCAGCUCCAGACACCUAGAGAAGGCUUUUAUUCCCCAGUACCUGGCAGGUAACGUCUUCCUCCUUUUCCUGCAGGAUGCAAAGAAGCCAAAUAGCCCCUGCCAGGUGUCAGCUCUGCAGAUUCUGCACUGUGCUGCAGGACUCAGGGCCGUGCGGCACGUCGCGUAGUUACACUGCAUUUUGUAAACCAGUCCUUAAACUCUUACCAAGCCGACUCUGCGCAGCUCUAGAUUUCCAAAACCAGAAUUGAGUUUGCAAGCUUCCCUUGUGUCACAGCAGGGUUACCGCUUGUCUUUUCGAAGUGCAACAUCGAGGAUUUCCAGUUAAAGCAUUUUGUGGUUUUGGUUUUAACUCAAAGUCCAGUGUGGAAAGUUCUGGAAAGUCUUUUGUCAAUAAAGGAAUAAAAUCUUUGUCUGCA